UAAGUUUCCAUCGUAAGAGUUUAGCUAAAAUUAUGGGCCUGAAAACCGUGUUAACCGUCUGUUUUGUCAUAUGCCUGACUCUGGUUGCUGCUCAGGAUCGGGACUGCGACGAAUUCGCAAGUCGAUGUGAAUCCUGUACGAGGCGUCUAAAUAAUGCCGUCGAUCGCGAUCUACCCCUCUUUAAUAAGGAGUGCAAACAAAGGACCGAAUCCUCUUGGCGCUGGAGGAACGUGGGACGCUGUGAGCUGGCCAAGCUCAUGUGCUUGGGUUGGGAAUCACCCAUGAACUGUGAAGACAUUGCUAGGAGGGCUGGUAUGGAACGCAGACGCAACUAAUAAGCAUCCAGCAAGGCAUAAAUGAAAUGAUUAAAAAACAAAAGAGAGCAUUGAAGUAA